AGUAGAAUCUCUUGGAAUAUAAGGUCUUCUAAGUCUGCCCGUGUUGAGCUCUAAGAAUAAAAUAAACCAGGGUUACUCCAAAAUAGAGCUUUAUCAGAUCGACCGACAUCUACUCUCAACUAGAAGUAUGAAAUGCCAAUCAGUAAAAGAGGUUAACAUUGAGAAGCAAGACGCAGAAAUGGACCUGUUGGACUUAGAGGAAGAAAUCUUCAUGGAUUGUGUCUUUGAUGUCCCAUCCGAAGAAAGGUCACCUCCUCCUUCAUAUGCAACGCCCCCUAUGUUUGUUCCAUCGAUUGGCCGAGGUGUGAGAAGAGCUAUCAACCCAUUGGACAUUCCCCUUCCACAGGCCUACUAUGACCAGCUAGAGCGAAAGCGGAAAGCCACCCAUGAUAUAGGGAACCCUCUGUCUUCUCGGCCUGUUAACGGUGCCCCUAAGCCUAAAAGAGGAAGUGGAAGAAGUUCUACGCUACCCGAGCGAGUGCCCCGUCCCCAUCCCAGAGGCAGAGGCAGAGGGAGAGUGAUGGAAGAUGCUUUCAAGAAGACCAAACCCAGUGUAUUGCAGGUCAAAGAACUUGAACGUAUUGGAUUACCUAAUAAUGGAAACGGAGAUGUAGAAGAAGGGAAAGCCCGUUUAAUGCAGAUGUUCUUGGGACGGCAGUCUCAGUUCGAGAUCGAGACAAACUUCAAUGCGCAGUAUGACUCCUCUGGCUCGUCCAUCAGGUCCGCACCGACCUUUGACCUCAGGAAUGACAAGGACUUCCCUGACAUGAUCUCCAAGGUGAUGAAGGGGAUGCCGUUCAAAUCGUCCGUCGGAGGCUCGCUAGAUGAGAACCUGAGGAGAAGAGCUAGAGGUCUUAUAACAAAAGGAAAAUGUCAAAGUUCUGGGGAUGAUGGUGUGUCGUCUAGCGAUGGUACUGGUGAAAGGAGAGGUAAGAGAUCAUCAUGCGAUGCUGAUGUGGAUACAAGCUAUGAACCUCCAAUGUCACAGCACAGAACAAGAUCAGCCGAUGAAAACAGCUCACAGGUUCUUGAAGGUCCCAAUGUGUUAGAACUGACAGGACUACCAACCAAUCUAAGCAAGGAGGAUCUAGGGGACCUGCUGAUGGGGUGCGGUGAGAUUGUAGAGAUGAGACUACUCCGGGAUACAGACCUGGGAGCAUGUAUAGGACUGGCGUAUGUCAGGAUGGAGAAUGAAGAAGCCUGUGAGUUGGCAGUCUCAUCCUAUCAUGACAUGGAAUCCCCUUUUUCUGACAGGUACGAUGGCGAGGUACCACAGCUUUCGGUUAGAAUCCUUCGAUCAUGAUGAUGCAUGCUGGGAUAGGUCACAUAAGUUGCUUCAGGAUGCAACAUACAGAUGCAUUGACAGAUGGGUCAGGACUAAGGUGUACAAGCGGAAAAUUUUCCAACGGGAUUGGAGACAGUCCCUUGAAUUGUCAGUGAACGGAGCAGCUGGAGGGCACCAGGCCCCACUGGGCAGAGCUCAGGAUUGUAAUGGGUGAUACAAAUGUUGCAAAAUUGUUUUUGAGUUUCUGAUAGUGUAACUCUAUUAUCAAAUAAACAUUUACUUUACUUGUGCAUGUAUUAAAGAGAACUUUUGCUGAGCUAGCACCAUGAGCAUCCCUGAACAGUGUGUGCGCUCUAUAAGUUUACACUAUUAUUAGCAGUAGUAGUAGUAGUAGAUGAAAUAUUUCUUUGGCCUGUACCAAACAUAUUGGUUUGGUUCGAUUAUUGUUUUACCUGACUGCUAAGAAAGCAUGUAUUUAUGCUUUUAAGUAAGCAACCAGGGGACUGAGGGCCCUACGUCCUCUCCAAGGGACUUGGUAAU